AUGUCCCAGCAGUCAGCUAGCUCUAAGCUAGCAUCAGCCCCAGAUCUGUUCUUAGGAACCCGCCUUGCCCUGGGAGGCCCACUAAGUUUCCAGUCUAAUCCUCGCCAUGCUAGCAUCCAGGACACUAGCUUCAAGCCGGAUGCCAUGCUAGGGGUUGGAUCUCCCAGAAGGAAGCGUGGGUCUCAGAGGCGGCGUCCUCCUAAGUUUCUCAGUGUUCAACCCGAAUUCAAGCCUACUCCUGUGUCGGCGCCUCCUGUCGGGGGUCUGGCCGACCUCCGUUCCACGCCUCCUGUCGGGGGUCUGGACGACCUCCGUUCCACGUUUCCUGUCAGGGGUCAGGCCGACCUCCGCUUCACGUCUCCUGUCGGAAGUCUGGUCGACCUCCGCUUCACGUCUCCUGUCGGGGGUCUGGCCGACCUCCGUUCCACGUCUCCUGUCGGGGGUCUGGUCGACCUCCGUUCCACAUCUCCUGUCGGGGGCCUGGCCGAACCCCGUUCCACGUCUCCUAUCGGGGGCCUGGCCGACCUCCGUUUCGGUGUUCCUGUGACUGCUGGGCCACAGUUCCAAGCCCCCGGGUUUUCUGGCUCUGUCUCUGCUCUGCCCCCGGGCCGUCCGCCCGAGUUCCCCGGCUCGAACUUUGCCCUGGCCCCGGGCUGCCCGCCCCAGUUCCCAGACUCUGUCCCGGUUCUGUCCCCGGGUCAUCUGCCGGAGUUUCUCGGUUCGGACUCUGUCCUGCCUCCGGCCCGUCCACCUGAGUUCCCAGACUCUGUUCCGGUUCUGCCCCCGGGUCAUCCACCGGAGUUUCCCGGCACUGUCUCUGCCAUGCCCCCGGGCCGUCCGCCUGAGUUUCCCGGAUCUGACUCUGCCCUGCCCCCGGGUUGUCCGCCCGAGUUCCCAGACUCUGUCCCGGUUCUGCUCCCGGGUCAUCCACCGGAGUUUCCCGGCUCUGUCUCUGCCCUGCCCUCAGGCCGUCCGCCCGAGUUCCCUGACUCUGUCCCGGUUUUGCCCUCGGGCCGUCCGCCUGAGAUAAUCGGUGCCCAAUGUUCCUGGAGUCCCUCCUCCGGACCCCCCUCCGCCCACCCGGUUCUGUUUGUGGAACGUCUGGGAUCCGUCCCUUGA